AAUUAUCCGAUAGUAAAAUUCAAACUAUUAUUAAUUACUUCUCCAAGAAUCUCAACACUGAAUUACCAGAUAAACAGGAUGACUCUAUCAUAGAUUCCGAAGAGGAGGUUUCAAAUGAUCAGACUAAUUCAUCGGAAGCAGUUUUAGCUGAAGUAAACAUAUCAACCGCACCUAUUCCUUUAACACACAUCUCUAAUUCUUCAGAUAAUUCCUCAAAAUUCAGUCCAGUUAAUUCACCCAAAGCUGAGGAUGAUUUUGAUAAAAUGGUCAUGGAAGCUUUCGAGAAGAAAGAGGCUAGUCAUUCUGUGUCUGCCUCCUGCAAUUCAAAAUAUGAGGUGGGUAAGAAAAAGGAAUCUUUACCCAAGGAAGAGGUAAGUAUACCUGAUAAUUCCUUAGAUUUUAAUUUGGAUUCCUCUGAUGUUGAUAAUGUCAAUAAUGAAAAUGAUAAUGAAUUCUCCGAUAACAACAAAGAGGAAGAUAAUGAUGGGUUCUGUGGAUUUUCUAAUAAUGAUGAUGAAGAUUAUUAUUAUGAUUUAAAUACCAGUGAAACUUAUAUAAAAUCGGACUAUUCAAUCUGCACAUAUUAA